UCCCCCAUUGAAUCGAUGCGGCGGUACGAUCGAACCUGGGGGGCGCACAAACAACCGUUUCAGUUUCGCUACGGAUACGGACGUGAGAUGGUCAGAAUUGAAAUACUGGUGUUUGCUGUCGCCGUGGCCGUUGCCGCGGCCAGUCGAUCGAAACGUCUCGGGGACGACCCGUUCAACGAUGGGUUCCUGGCGCAGGUGCAGCGUCAUGCCAAAACCUGGAAACCGGACGCGACCUUCCGCGACGGGAUACGGUUCGAGAACUUCCAAAACAUGAAGGGAAUUUUCGAGAGCAAGAUUGGUUUCCGACUGCCAACGAAGCGACAUGACGUGGCUUACAAUAUGGAUAUUCCGGAGUUUUUCGAUGCGAGGGAAAAGUGGCCGUUCUGCAAAUCGAUUUCAACGAUCAAGAACCAGGGACUGUGUGGGGCGUGCUGGGCCGUGGCAGCGGUCAGCGUGAUGUCCGAUCGAUUGUGCAUCCAUUCGGAGGGAAAGUAUGAUUUGGAACUGGCCGCGGAAGAUUUGAUGGGAUGCUGCAAGGAUUGCGGCAAUGGAUGUAAUGGAGGAUUUUUGGACGGGACUUCGUUCCAGUACUGGGUGGACGUGGGACUGGUGAGCGGUGCGGCGUAUAACAGUACGGACGGGUGCAAGCCGUAUCCGUUUAAGCCGUGUUUGUAUCCGUUUGAAGGGUGCCACCCAGAGAGGACACCUCAGUGUACUCAUCAUUGUACUGAGGGAUAUGACGGAUCGUACCGGAAGGACAAAUACUACGGAUCGGCGGCCUAUAAGCUUCCGAAUGAUGAACGAAUGAUUCAGUUGGAGAUUAUGACCAAUGGGCCGGUGGAGUCCGGAUUCACGGUGUACCAGGAUUUGUAUCUGUACAAGAGCGGAGUGUAUCAGCACGUGGUAGGACGAGAAGUGGGAAAGCAUGCCGUGCGAUUGAUAGGCUGGGGUAAGGAGCGGGGCGUGCCAUACUGGUUGAUUGCCAAUUCUUACGGCGAGGAUUGGGGUGAACAUGGCUACUUCAAAUUCCUCCGGGGAUCGAACCAUCUGGGAAUCGAAUCGGUUGUCAUUGCCGGACUUCCCAAGGUGUAACAGGUCAUAUUUCGGCAUUCAGUCAAUUGGCAGAAAGUUCGUAAAAAAUCUAAUAUCGGCUUUGUUUUAUUUUUACCUUUUUGUUUUUCUUCCGACAAAUCUGCUUAAAUGGAUUCCUGCUUUGUUUUCACUGAACGCGCGGUUUAGCAACAGCAAUUUCUUAAAACUACGUUCUUCCUCCCAUUUUCCUGCUCUCAUUGUUUACUAGAUUUUUUUUUACUAACGCCCACACAAAAGUCCAUUUUGCAAUACAAAUACCCCGUACUACAACAUUAUUGGUUCGAUUCACGAAAUUCGCAAUAUAUAUGUACUGCCUACUUAAAUCAACUGCCCAAGGGAACACUGUUCAUCGGCUUUAAAUUCAGCGACUUAACAUGUGCUCACCUCCCCACUGGGGAGUCCCCAGUUUGUGAUUUUACAUCAAAUAUUUUGUUGCUUUGCUUACGUGUGUCUUACGUGCUAUUUUACGGACUGUUUUCUUCAUUUGUAUCUUUAUUAAACUUCAUUUGUAUAAACAUUUUUUCUGGUUUUUUGUAACAAUGAUUUUCCCUUCAAAAGAAAAGAAAUCCCUAAUGCUGACUUUCGCUAAGCUUCGGCCUCCAUCCAGUGCGUCCGCUUAUGUCGCUUACGAUUUAUAGUAAAAUUAUUGGAGCAAAAAGCUCCGUCGUCCAUUCGCCAUUCACAAUCCACAUCCCAUCAUCUCUCUCCCGGGUUUCUACGACAACAUUCUCUCUCAAUUUCGCGCAAUAAUCUAAUCGGGUUUUCUGUUUAGGAAAAGAAUUUACCUAGCAGCUAGAAACAAAAGAAGAAAAGAAUGACACAAUGGUUGCGAUUGUUUGUAAGGGUAAACGCAGUCUUCGCACGAAGGAUUACGUGAAAAAAGAUGCUUGGGAACAUAAACUUUCUCAGUGGUUCAACAUAAAACGAACGUCAAGAAGUACGAAUGAACUGUGUGAUAGUAGGUAGUAGUAUAUAUACUAGUUUGUAUCCGUAGUAGUGACAAUU